AUGCUCCAACAAAAGAAGCUUGUGGAUGAAGUAUCGGGUUGGCUUAGACUUUACGAUGACGGUUCCGUGGACAGGACAUGGACCGGUCCACCGGAGGUCAAAUUCAUGGUCGAACCGGUUCCUCCUCGCGAGGAAUUCAUUGAUGGAGUUGCUGUUCGCGAUGUUAUCACCAGCAACAAUCUCCGCGUUCGGCUUUACUUGCCGGGGAGGAUCUUCGAUGAAGAGAAACUACCCAUUUUUCUUCACUUUCAUGGUGGUGGAUUUUGCAUAAGUGAACCAGAUUGGUUCAUGUAUUAUCAGUUUUACUCUCAGUUUACUCGGUUAGCUCGAGUCAUCGUUGUCUCCCCUUUCCUUCGUCGUGCUCCAGAAAAUCGCCUCCCUGCAGCCAUUGAUGACGGCUUUUCUGCUCUUCUCUGGCUUCAAUGUGUAGCCAAAAGAGACACUGAGGAGCCGUGGCUUGAAAAGCACGGUGAUUUUUCUCGUGUUUUUCUGAUCGGGGAUAGCUCCGGUGCAAAUAUAGUGCAUGAAGUGGCUGUCCGAGCUGGGAAAGCUCAGUUGAACCACCUCCGUUUAGCCGGAGGAAUCCCAAUUCAUCCAGGAUUCAUGCGGUCGACACGGAGUCGGUCAGAGUUGGAGAAACCACAAUCUCCAUUUUUGACUCUGGACAUGGUGGACAAGUUCAUGAGCUUGGCAUUACCGUUGGGUUCUACCAAGGAUCACCCCAUUACGUGCCCCAUGGGUGUCGGCGCUCCGCCGCUUAGUGGGCUGACACUGCCGCCUUUUCUGCUGUGCCUGGCGGAGAUGGACUUGAUCUUUGACACAGAAAUGGAGUACUAUGAAGCCACGCAGGAGGCGAAGAAGGAUGUGGAGUUGUUUGUUAACAGAGGAGUGACUCAUAGUUUCUAUCUCAACAAAAUUGCUGUGGCUAUGGACCCAAAUGCUGGUGCUCAAACGGAUGCUCUUAUUGCCAGGAUCAAACAGUUCAUUGAGCAGCACUAA